AUGAAGCAAAACAGAGUCACUUUAGUUCUGGUGAAUCUGGCAGGGAUCAUGGAGAGAGCAGAUGAAUCAUUGCUACCCGGUGUAUAUAAAGAAGUAGGUGCUGCCUUACACACGGACCCAACUGGACUUGGGUCCUUGACUUUGUUUAGGUCUAUAGUGCAGUCCUCUUGCUAUCCUAUAGCUGCUUAUUUAGCCGUCCGGCAUAACCGGGCCCAUGUCAUAGCUCUUGGUGCCUUUCUUUGGGCUGCUGCUACUUUUCUUGUUGCCUUCUCCUCCACUUUCUUUCAGGUGGCUGUAUCUAGGGCUUUGAACGGCGUUGGCCUCGCUAUUGCUGCACCUGCAAUUCAGUCCCUCGUCGCUGAUUCAACAGAUGAUAGCAAUCGUGGUACAGCCUUUGGAUGGCUACAACUAACAUCCAACUUUGGUUCAAUCAUCGGUGGACUCUGUUCAGUGUUGAUAGCUCCAGUAACAUUCAUGGGAAUCCCCGGGUGGAGGGUUGCAUUCCAUAUUGUUGGCAUCAUUAGUGUUGUGGUGGGUGUGCUAGUUUACCUGUUUGCCAAUGAUCCACACUUUUCAGAUGCUGAUAAGAAAGCUAGCAGUGGAGAUUCAAGUAACUCCUUCAGGUCAGGGGUGAAGGACCUGUUUCGUGAAGCCAAGUCAGUUAUUAAGAUUCCAUCUUUCCAGAUUAUUGUGGCUCAGGGUGUCACCGGUUCAUUCCCUUGGUCAGCUUUGGCAUUCGCACCUAUGUGGUUAGAGCUUAUUGGUUUCUCUCAUGAGAAAACUGCAUUCCUCGUAGCCUUGUUUGUCAUUGCUAGUUCCUUUGGGGGCUUGUUUGGAGGCAAAAUGGGGGAUUUCCUUUCUGUGCGUCACCCAAAUUCUGGUAGGAUAGUUCUAGCACAAAUAAGCUCUGCAUCAGCCAUCCCUCUGGCAGCACUGCUUCUUUUGGUUUUACCCGACGAUCCAUCAACAGCAAUCCUGCAUGGAACUGUCUUGGUCAUAAUGGGAUUAUGCAUAUCUUGGAAUGCUUCAGCUACAAACAAUCCAAUUUUUGCUGAAAUAGUUCCCAGGAGAUCUCGAACAAGUGUAUAUGCUAUGGAUCGAUCCUUUGAGUCCAUACUAUCAUCAUUUGCUCCCCCGGUGGUUGGAAUACUUGCUCAACAUGUUUAUGGCUAUAAACCCCUUCCUUCUGGAUCCAGUGAAUCUGAAGAGAUUGCUGCAGAUAGAGAGAAUGCUGCAUCACUGGCCAGAGCUUUGUACACAUCGAUAGGUGUUCCAAUGGCUCUGUGCUGUCUCAUCUACUUAUUCCUCUAUGGUACCUACCCAAGAGACAGAGAGCGGGCUCAGAUGGAAGUGCUGAUAGAGUCAGAGAUGCAACAAUUGAUGUCUGAUAAUAAUUCGGCCAGAGUUGGAGAUUAUUCUCAAGUUCAUUUCUUUGAAGCAGAAGAAUCAUCUGAUAAGGACAGAAGUGUUAUUGAAAUGGAUUAUGGAGGAGGGGGUGGUCUUGAUCUCGAUGAAAGUGAUGGGAAGACAUUACUCUACGGUCAGCUGUCAUUCGCCAAUUUAGGUGAAUAA